AUGUUUGGUAGAGAUCCUAGACUACCAGUGGAUGUAGCAUUUGGCAUACGGAAAGAUACAGGAUCAAAUUACAUCAAGGAUCUUAAAGAACGGUUGGAAGUUGCUCACAACUUGGCUACGGAAACAUCUAAGAAAGCACAACUGAGACAGAAGAAGAACUAUGACACCAAAAUAAAGGGAGGUACCAUCAAGAUAGGAGAUUUAGUCUUGGUGAAAAUAGUGGCAUUUGAAGGCAAACACAAGCUGGCAGACAAAUGGGAACAAGACCCUUACGUUGUACUUGAACAACCGAAUCUGGAGAUACCAGUCUUUACAGUGAGGAAGGAGAGUGGAGAAGGACGUAAAAGGAACCUCCACAGAAACUUGCUGUUGCCAGUGGGUCAUCUGGUAGAACCAACUAGACCAGUACCGAAACUCAGAAAACCAUCUAAGAAACAACCACCGAAACCAGCACCUAGAGUAUUGAGGAAACCGACCAUUGAAUAUCCGGAGUCAUCUGAUGAGGAUAUUAUAGACGUAUUAUUGGAACCGCUAGUUGAGGAGGAUAGUGAUUCAACCGUCACUUCAGAUAUCAUUCAGCCAGUGGUGAAUCCAACAAGCGACGUGGAAACAGAAGAUGAAUCUGAAUCUGAAGGGGACGCCCACUCUCAUGACACCAAUGGGACAGAUUCAGAUAUCGGAGACAGAAGGCCUUCACCAGAGGUGACAACCGACAAUCAGGAGGAUAUUUCUGACAGUUCGUCAUCGUCGUCACCUAUUAGUAUUCGUCGGUCGACCAGAGCAAGGAAAGCACCUGCGUGGAUGACGUCAGGGAAAUACGAGCUUUCGAAGAGUGCAAGUCAUACCACCACUACAGAUUGGUUUCAAAGGGUUAAAUGUCUAACAUCUUUAGCGGACACUCAUCUAUUUCAUGGAAAAAAGGCAGAAGCAGCACAGGCUAUUAUUGACGUCAUAACAUCAGCAAACACAGACAGGAAAUACUUACAUGACCUCGAUUUGAAAUAUAGCAAAGAAAAUGAUGCAACGUUCGUUAAGACGAAGGCGGUUGAAACCAUUACGAAAUCAGUAAUGGGAAGAAACACAACAACAAUUAUUGGCAAACCUGGAAUUGGUAAAACCUCCACAAUAAUCCAUGUUGCUCUGAAAAUGAGGAAAAAUUAUGGUUUCAGAGUUGAAUCACACUUUAGGGCAAACAAAACUCAAUUAUUUAUCCUUGAUGAUGUAUGUGGAAGAUACACAAUUAAUCAAUCCGCGGUGGAGGAAUGGAUAAAACAUGAACAAACCAUUUUACGUAUCUUAAGGACAAGAAAAGUAAAGCUGAUUAUUUCAUGUCGACUACAAAUUUUUCACGAGAAACAAUUUCAGCUUCUCGAUUUUUUUACUGAGAACUUCUUUAAUCUUUCUUCGGAGGAAUUCGGUCUUUCAGCUGAAAUACGACUUAAAGUUGCAAAGAAAUAUUUACCGAUUAAUGCUGUAAAACUGAUAAAUGAUAAUUCUCUAAUGAAAUUUGACAUAUUUCCAUUGAUGUGCUCAUUGUGUAAAAAUAAUCCGAACAUAAAUGUUAGGGAGUAUUUUGAAAAUCCAUACAAUUUUUAUUUGUAUGAUAUCGAAAAACUUAACAAACAAAGCGAUAAACGCAAAUUCUGUGCUUUACUUUUGUACGUCUUACAUAAUGGUUUCUUGAGUCAGUCAAAGAUAAGUACAAUCAGUAAAUCCUACUAUGAAAGUAUCUUUGAUGAAAUUGGUUUAAACCGGGGUACUCCAGUUUGUGACAUUGUUGAACAAUUGGACACACUUGACCAUACCUAUCUAAUUAUAAUCAUGUCAACUCUCUUCAAUGAACGAUUUGAAGAAAUCAAUAUGAAAGUUUACUCCCGUAUUCACGACCGCCUUUUUGAUGUAGUAUGCUUUUAUUUUGGAACAAAAGUACAAGGCACAUUUAUCCGUUACGUAUCAAGUGCGGUAUUGUGUGAGAGGACACAACUAGAAAGUAUCAGGGAGGACCACGAGGAAUUUCAGAUUAUGAUUACAAACGAUAAUGAACACGCAUAUAUGAUGAGAAUUAUGAAAGAUAUCAAGAACGGAGAAAUUUCCUCCGUUGUCAACAACCACCAAAUGAAAUUUCCGAAGUUUAGAAAAAUUUUGGUUACUUAUAUGCAAAAAGGGGUGUACCUGUUACCAAUGUUUGAUAUAUAUUACAAUACUUUUUGUCAUGAUCUAAUUGACAGAGCAAGAAACUCGAUUGCAUCAUUGGCAUGUUCAAAAGGAUACGUUGAAAUUACUGAAUAUAUUAUCAAUGCUAUACACCAAGUCGAUUUAUCAAUGUUUUAUAAAAAUCUUAUAAUGCAUACAGCAUGUCGCAGUGGAAGUAUAGAUAUUGUUCAGGUUUUAAUAGAGAAAGGAAUAAAUGUGAAUGCAUUGGACAUUUACGGUCAAACACCAAUUUUAAUAAGUAGUGAUAAAGGGCAUGGUCAUAUCGUAAAUUUACUGAUUAAAAACGGCGGUAAUAUAGGACUACAAAAUGAUGAUGGAAUGACACCUCUUUUGUGCGCAAGUAAAAACGGACAUUAUUCAGUUGUUAAAAUGUUACUCGAUAACAAAGCAGAUAUCAACCAAAAAGAUGAUCAAGGCAAAUCGCCAUUAAUUUGGACAAGUAAAGAAGGGCAUGAAAAGACAAUAGAAUUGCUAAUCGAAAAUGGAGCUAAUAUUAACAUAAGUGAUCGGAACAGUAAGAGUCUUUUGAUGUGGGCAUGCCAAUGGGCACCUUAUUCAACAGUUAUGCUACUUAUUGAAAAAGGAACAGACAUAAAUCAAGAAGAUGACAAUGGCUGGACGCCAAUCAUAUAUGCGUGUCAAUGGCAUAAUACUAGUUUUAUAGUUGAAUUCCUUAUUCUGAACGGUGCUUAUAUCAGAAAACCAGAUAACUCAGGGAAAACACCACUUAUGUGGGCGGGUAUCACAGGAAACAAUAGUGUCAUUGAUAAAUUAUUAGAACAACGUUGCAACAUUAACGAAAAGGACAACACAGGAAAAACAGCAAUAUAUUGGGCAUGCCUAGAAGGACAAAAAUCAACGGUUGAUUUGUUAUUUAAAAAAGGGGCUGAUACUAACAUAACCGAUAAUGCAUCGACAAGUCCGAUUUCGUGGGCGUUACAACACGAAGACAAAUCUUAUUUGCGACUACUCAGAUAUGGCAUGGAAGAUAAAUGUGAUUCUUAAAACACAAGACCAAUUCAUCAGUCUUAUAAAGAGGACAUGAUAGUGUGAUAUGAAUAGAACCCUACUUUGUAUUCAAUCGAUAAACAUUUCUAACGUCUGCAGAGCCACAUGUCACUUUUCUUACGAAGCAGGAGAUCCUGGAAAACCACAAAUCGGUUCUAACUCUGGUGUUAAUCCAAAGGAUGAAAAUUGGAUUCAUAAGCUUCACAAGAAUCCUUAUAAGGAAAGGUAUAUUGCAGGUUCUUCCAAGUGUUCCACUAAACCCUUUUCUAAAGUUCUUACUGCCAUACUCACUGCAGUCAAAGAUGGACUUCAGAAAUAUUCCUAAACGGCAUAUUCAAGAAGUGGUGUUAAUCAGAUGUGGAUACUGAAAAAUUCAAAAGAGUUAUUGGUGAAUUUACAAUCUCAAUCAUUAAAACAUUGUACCAACAUUAAAACCUUUGAUUUUUCAACU